AUGGCAACACCCAAGACGCAACCCCGCUAUUUGACCGGGGACGGCCCUGCUCUGAAGCAGUUCCUGGAUCGAUUCGAUGUGUUUCUAUUCGAUUGUGAUGGCGUUCUCUGGUCCGGCGACCACCUCUUCCCAGGAACAGUCGAGACCCUCGAACUCCUCCGAAGCAAGGGCAAACAAGUCGUCUUCGUCACAAACAACAGCACAAAAUCCCGAGCAGACUACAAGAAGAAACUUGACAACCUCGGAAUCCCCAGCAACGUCGAAGAAAUCUUCGGUUCGGCCUACAGCUCCUCUAUCUACAUCUCCCGCAUCCUCAAACUGCCCCCGAACAAGCGCAAGGUCUUCGUCAUCGGUGAAACCGGAAUCGAACAAGAGCUGCGCUCGGAGAAUAUCCCCUAUAUCUGCGGUACGGAUCCUGCAUAUCGCCGGACACUCGUGGCGGGUGACUAUGCUAAGAUCGCGGCGGGCGAUCCGUCCCUGCUUGAUCCUGAAGUGGGAGUUGUGCUGGUUGGGUUGGAUUUCCAGUUGAACUAUCUCAAGCUGGCCUUGGCGUAUCACUACAUCAAGCGCGGGGCGGUCUUUCUCGCGACGAAUAUCGAUAGCACCUAUCCGCAUUCCGGGGCAUUGUUUCCCGGUGCGGGAACGAUGAGUGCGCCUUUGGUGAUGAUGCUGGGUAAGGAGCCUAUUGCACUGGGGAAGCCGAGUCAGGCUAUGAUGGAGGCUAUCAAGGGGAAGUUCCAGUUUGAUGAGUCCAGGGCGUGUAUGGUUGGGGAUCGGGUGAAUACUGAUAUUCGGUUUGGGGUCGAGGGGAAGUUGGGUGGAACUUUGGCCGUUCUUACAGGUGUUAGUUCCAAGGAGGAUUUGCUUACCUCGUCGGUUCAGCCGAUGGCUUAUAUGGAUAAGCUGUCUGAUCUUUUGGGCGCUGAUUCUUGA